UUCCCCGAAGGGCAAGUGACAGUUGCGUGUCUGAAUGCACAGCAGGCUGUGAGAAAAUCCGUCGUGUUUUAUUUUUACGUGGAGGGCAUUUUGUUAGCGUCUGAUAAGAUGUCAUCUCGAAGUUCAUACACAGAUGAUGCAGAGCGCUAUCUAUUUGUAGAUCGCAACCCUAUGAGUAGCACUGCCAAUCAAGCCGACUGGACGGCAAAAAGGCAGGUAUGGGUUCCCUCAGAAAAGCAUGGAUUUGAAGCAGCUAGCAUAAAGGAGGAGCGUGGUGAUGAGGUGGUCGUAGAGCUAGUGGAAAACGGCAAAAAGGUGGUGGUCAACAAAGAUGACAUUCAGAAGAUGAACCCACCCAAGUUUACCAAGGUUGAAGACAUGGCAGAACUAACCUGCUUGAACGAGGCAUCUGUUCUUCACAACCUCAAGGAUCGUUACUAUUCUGGCCUCAUUUAUACAUAUUCAGGCCUCUUUUGUGUAGUAAUUAAUCCUUACAAGAACUUGCCUAUAUACACUGAACAAAUAGUGGAAAUGUACCGGGGAAAAAAACGUCAUGAGAUGCCUCCUCACAUAUAUGCUAUUUCUGAGACUGCUUAUCGUAGCAUGCUUCAAGAUAGAGAGGAUCAAUCUAUCCUUUGCACGGGGGAAUCAGGAGCUGGCAAAACAGAAAACACAAAAAAAGUAAUUCAGUAUCUUGCUCAUGUUGCCUCAUCACACAAAGGACGAAAAGAACACACAAUGCAGAACUCCAGCAUUGUAUCAUAUGGAGAACUUGAACACCAGCUUUUACAGGCCAAUCCCAUUUUAGAAGCUUUUGGGAAUGCAAAGACUGUGAAAAAUGACAACUCAUCUCGAUUUGGUAAAUUUAUUCGCAUCAAUUUUGAUGUUGCUGGUUACAUUGUUGGAGCCAACAUUGAGACCUAUUUACUGGAGAAAUCCAGAGCUAUACGGCAAGCUAAAGAUGAAAGGACAUUUCAUAUUUUCUAUCAACUUGUGGCAGGAGCAGGAGAACACCUGAAAACGGACUUGUUAUUGGAGGCUUUCAGCCAGUAUCGCUUUCUAUCCAAUGGCAAUAUUACCAUUCCUGGACAACAAGAUAAGGAGAUACUACAAGAGACAUUGGAGUCAAUGAAAAUUAUGGGAAUCAGCCAUGAGGAAAUCAUGUCAAUGUUGAAGAUGGUGUCAGCAGUUUUGCAGUUUGGUAACAUUGUUUUUCGAAAGGAGAGAAACACAGACCAAGCUUCUAUGCCAGACAAUACAGCUGCACAAAAACUAUGCCAUCUUUUGGGACUCAAUGUAACAGAGUUUAUGCGUGCCAUUCUUAUGCCAAGGAUUAAAGUUGGCCGUGAUUAUGUCCAGAAGGCACAGACAAAGGAACAGGCGGAUUUUGCUGUGGAGGCACUUGCCAAAGCAUUAUAUGAAAGGCUUUUUCGCUGGCUGGUUCACCGGAUCAACAGGGCCCUAGACAGGACGAAAAGGCAGGGUGCGUCAUUCAUUGGAAUCCUAGAUAUAGCAGGGUUUGAGAUCUUUGAGUUGAACUCAUUUGAGCAGUUGUGCAUUAAUUAUACAAAUGAGAAGCUUCAACAGCUAUUCAACCACACCAUGUUCAUCUUGGAGCAGGAAGAAUAUCAGAGAGAGGGUAUUGAAUGGAAUUUUAUUGAUUUUGGACUGGAUCUUCAACCCUGCAUUGAUCUUAUUGAGAGACCGGCAAAUCCUCCAGGUGUCCUUUCCCUGUUGGAUGAGGAGUGCUGGUUCCCCAAAGCUACUGAUAAAAGUUUUGUGGAAAAAAUCAUACAGGAACUGGGAACACAUCCUAAAUUCCAGAAACCCAGACAGCUGCGAGAUAAAGCUGAUUUGUCUAUAAUCCAUUAUGCUGGGAAGGUGGAUUAUAAAGCAGACGAAUGGUUGAUGAAGAACAUGGAUCCUUUGAAUGACAAUGUAGCAACACUUUUACACCAGAGCACAGACAAGUUUACUGCUGAACUUUGGAAAGAUGUGGAUCGAAUUGUUGGACUUGACCAAGUGAGUGGAAUGUCUGAAAUGUCAUUUGGAUCAUCAUACAAGACAAAGAAAGGCAUGUUCCGCACAGUAGGACAGCUUUAUAAGGAAUCUCUGUCAAAACUCAUGUCUACUUUGAGAAACACAAAUCCUAACUUUGUCCGCUGUAUUAUUCCCAAUCAUGACAAGAAAGCAGCGAAACUGGAGCCUCACUUGGUACUUGACCAGCUACGUUGUAAUGGAGUACUAGAGGGAAUUCGUAUUUGUAGACAGGGUUUCCCUAAUCGAAUAAUCUUUCAAGAAUUUAGGCAAAGAUAUGAAAUUUUGACACCCAAUGCUAUUCCCAAAGGCUUUAUGGAUGGUAAACAAGCCAGUGCGAUAAUGAUCAAAGCCUUGGAGCUGGACCCUAACUUGUAUCGAAUAGGACAGAGUAAAAUAUUCUUCAGAGCUGGAGUAUUAGCACAUCUGGAAGAGGAGAGAGACCUGAAGAUCACAGAUAUAAUUGUACUUUUCCAGGCAGCUUCACGUGGAUACUUGGCUAGAAAGGCAUUCUUUAAGAAACAACAGCAGAUGAGUGCACUUAAGGUGGUACAACGAAACUGUGCAGCUUACCUGAAACUGAGACACUGGCAGUGGUGGAGACUGUUUACUAAGGUCAAGCCAUUACUGCAAGUAACCCGUCAAGAUGAGGUAAUGCAGGCAAAAGUAGUAGAGCUGCAGAAAGUUAAAGAAAAUCAAGUGAAGGCUGAGAUGGAACUAAAUGACCUGAGUCAAAAAUAUCAGCAGUUAUUCGAAGAAAAGGCCAUUUUGGCAGAGCAACUUCAAGCAGAAACAGAGUUGUUUGCUGAGGCUGAGGAAAUGCGGGCAAGACUUGCAGCAAAGAAGCAGGAGCUGGAGGAAAUUCUGCAUGAUUUAGAAUCCCGUGUGGAGGAGGAGGAGGAGCGCAACCUAAAACUUCACAAUGAGAAGAAAAAAAUUCAGCAGCAUGUGCAGAACUUGGAGGAACAGCUGGAAGAAGAAGAAACAGCUCGACAGAAACUUCAGCUGGAAAAAGUAACAACCGAGGGCAAGCUAAAAAAGAUGGAAGAGGAUAUUUUAUUACUUGAGGAUCAGAAUGCCAAGCUUACUAAGGAAAGGAAGAUGUUUGAAGAUCGUAUUGCUGAAUUUACAUCUGCUAUGACUGAAGAAGAGGAGAAAGUAAAGAGCCUAAGCAAACUUCGUAACAAGUAUGAAGCUAUCAUUGCUGAUAUGGAAGAUCGGUUAAAGAAAGAAGAGAAAGGCAGACAAGAGAUGGAGAAGAUCAAAAGAAAACUUGAUGGAGAGACAUCUGAUUUGCAGGACCAACUUAUAGAACUUCAGCAACAAAUUGAGGAGCUAAAACGACAACUAGUUCGUAAAGAAGAAGAACUUCAGGCUUCUCUUGCAAGGGUCGAGGAAGAAGCAAGCCAAAAGAACAGUUUAUUGAAACAACUUAGAGAAGUACAAACCCAGCUUGCUGAGUUACAGGAGGACCUGGAGUCAGAAAAAGCUUCACGGGCAAAAGCAGAGAAGCAGCGCCGUGACCUAGGGGAGGAGCUAGAGGCAUUGAAAACUGAAUUAGAAGAUACCUUGGAUUCUACUGCAACACAGCAAGAGCUCAGGUCAAAACGGGAACAAGAGGUCACAGAACUGAAAAAGACAAUCGAAGAAGAAGCAAAGGUUCACGAAGCUCAGGUCUUGGAGAUGCGUCAGCGGCAUACCCAAGCUUUAGAAGAUCUCUCAGAACAGCUUGAGCAGUCACGCAGGUUCAAAGUGAAUCUGGAGAAAGUGAAGCAGACUCUUGAGAAUGAGAAUUCUGAUCUAAUUAAGGAAGUCAAGACUCUACAGGCAGCUAAACAGGACUCAGAACAAAGAAGGAAAAAACUAGAGGUGCAGGUAUCUGAACUUCAGAUCCGAGUCAAUGAAAGUGAAAAAGCCAAGUCGGAACUUGGAGAAAAAGUGAAUAAAUUUCAGGCUGAGUUGGAUAGUGUGUCCAGUUCACUAGGUUCAACAGAAACAAAUGUUAUCAGACUAACUAAAGAUCUGUCAGUUGCACAAUCACAUCUACAAGAUACCCAGGAGUUGUUACAAGAGGAGACUAGACAAAAACUAAACCUAAGCUCCAGAGUAAAGCAGUUAGAGGAAGAGAAGAAUAACCUUUUGGAGAAUCUGGAUGAGGAAGAGUCAGCCAAGAAUCAGCUCAACCGCCAAUUUCAGGCUCUACAGCAACAGCUUAUUGAAUCGAAAAAGAAAAUGGAAGAUCAUGGAGGCUCAGUGGAAGCUCUGGAGGAAUCAAAAAAGAAGAUGGCUAAGGAGCUAGAGUUGAUGCACCAACGCUUUGAAGAGAAACACCAAAUUAGUGACAAACUAGAGAAAACUAGAAAUCGGCUGCAGCAAGAACUAGACGACCUGAUGGUGGAUCUUGACCAACAGCGACAAAUUGUUUCGAACUUGGAAAAAAAACAGAAAAAGUUUGACCAGUUGCUGGCAGAAGAGAAAAACAUUUCAGCACGUUAUGCAGAAGAAAGAGAUCGAGCAGAGGCUGAGGCUCGUGAGAAGGAAACUAAAGUUCUGUCCCAAAGUCGAGCCCUGGAAGAAGCUCUUGAUCUAAAGAAUGAAUUGGACCGGCAGAAUAAACAGCUGCGAGCAGAGAUGGAUGACCUUAUCAGCUCUAAAGAUGAUGUUGGCAAGAAUGUCCAUGAACUGGAAAGAUCUAAGAGAGCACUGGAACAACAAGUGCAGGAAAUGAAAACCCAAAUUGAAGAACUAGAAGAUGAACUUCAAGUUAUUGAAGAUGGAAAACUACGCGUGGAGGUCAAUAUGCAGGCUAUGAAAGCACAAUUUGAAAGGGACCUUCAGAAUCGUGAAGAUACAAAUGAUGAAAAGAAGAAACUACUAAUCAAACAGGUACGAGAUCUGGAGAUGGAAUUAGACGAUGAACGAAAGCAAAAAGCUCAAGUUGCUGCUGCCAAAAAAAAGUUGGAAAUGGACCUUCAAGAUAUGGAAAGCCAAAUAGAUGCUGCUAACAAAGGCAAGGAAGAAGCUGUUAAACAGCUGAAAAAACUGCAGCUCCAGCUAAAGGAUAUGUGGCGUGAAGUAGAGGAGACACGUUCAUCCAGAGAAGAGAUUUUCAUCCAAUCUAAAGAAAAUGAGAAAAGACUCAAGAGUUUGGAAGCAGAGUUACUUCAGCUCCAUGAGGACCUGGCAGCUGCUGAAAGAGCAAAGAGGCAAGCUCAGCAGGAGAGGGAUGACUUAGCUGAUGAGUUGGCCAAUGGUGUCAGUGGCAAAUCUGCCCUUCUGGAUGAGAAGCGUGCUUUGGAGGCCCGAAUUGCCCAUCUGGAGGAGGAGCUUGAUGAGGAACAGAGUAAUAUUGAGCUUUUAAAUGACAGAUACAGAAAAUAUACUAUCCAGGUGGAAACAAUGACCACAGAGCUGUCAGCAGAGAGAAGUUUCUCUCAAAAGGCAGAGAAUGCCCGUCAGCACAUGGAGAGGCAGAAUACGGAGCUUAAAGUCAAGCUAAAUGAGUUGGAUUCCACCAUCAGAUCAAAAUACAAGAUUGCUAUUGCCUCGCUGGAGUCUAAGAUUGCACAACUGGAAGAGCAAUUAGAACAGGAAUCAACAGAAAGAGUUUUGUCCAACAAGCUAGUACGACGUGCUGAGAAGAGGCUAAAGGAGAUACUUCUGCAAGUAGAGGAGGAACGAAGAAAUGCUGAUCAGUUUAAAGAGCAGCUGGAAAAAGCGCAUAUCAGAAUGAAGCAGCUAAAAAGGCAGCUGGAGGAGGCCGAAGAGGAGGCAUCAAGAGCGAAUUCAAACCGCCGACGACUACAAAGGGAAUUAGAAGAUAUCACAGAGUCAGCAGAGUCCAUGAACAGAGAAGUGAAUACACUUAGAAGCAGGCUUAGACGUGCUCCUAUUCAGUUUACUACCCGAACCAUCCGUCAGGUGUAUCACCUUGAAGCUGUAUCUGAUGAUGAAGCAGAGACAAAUAGCGGAGGACCAUCUGUCAACCAGCAGCAGCAGCCCCAGAUGGAAUAAAAGUAAUUUUUAAACUUGCCAAUAAAUUAACAUAUAAGAAGCAACCAUAUAUUGAAUAACAGAAACGAAGAUACAGGGUGUGCCGCCAUACUUAAAUCAAUGUUGUCAAAAAAAAAAAAAAAAAGCUUUAAUUGUAGAAAUGUCAUGCAUAUUGUAAAGCAUUAUUUAAUGUGAUGAUAGUAUCAAUAACCAUGCUGAAAUACCCUUCAUUUUAAAUCACAGACUGUCUACAGGGCCUGAAUUUUAUUUUCUUUCUUUCCUUAUUUUUCUUUUUUUCUUCUUUUAGAAGAAUUGUUAGACAUUUUAUCAUACAAGCCCAAUGGCAAAACUCUGAUUAAUUCCCUACAUAAAAUGGAACAGCCUUAAAUACCAACAAUAUAAAUAAUGCUAUUUAAACUUAGCUGUACAUUAAUCAAAGUGACUAGCUGUGGAAACAAUAAAGCUCUACAGUAGGGUUAACUACCAUUAUAUCAUUUUUUUGAUGAUGUUUUCCCUUUCAUUUAUUAUUUCUUCCCUUUUUUAAAGAAUAUGCUAUUUGUAUAAUGUUUUUAAAAAAUUGAUUUAAACCUUACUUGGCCAAUUAAUUUUUAGUAUUUCCAUUUAUUUCAGUUAAUCCCUUCAUAUCUCCUUCAUGUUUUUAUAGAUUCCUUUAAUGAUGUUUGUCUGUAUUUUAAGUCAAAUCAAUUAAGUCACCUCUUUUAAUGUUCAUGUUACACUAUGUAAAUUUUUGUGUACAUUGUUCAUAUUGUUAAUCGGUUAUCUCAGAUACCUUUCUAACUAAGUUUAACUUUGAGCUUACAUAGAGCUCUUUUACCAAUUAUUGUAAGAAAGUUAUGUUAAGAUUUCAGAAGGCAGUAUCCAGAUAAGAAAAUAAUUAAGUAUAAUAGAAAGUAAAAAGGAAAUGAAAACAAAGAACCUCCUCAGCACACUCCCCUAACUGACUAAAUAUUAAAAGCCCAAAUACACUGCAGUGCUGGAAUCACUAAAUAUAAGUGAAUAUGUUCAACUGGCAGAUAGGCCAGCCUUGUUUAAAAGCAGUGCUUCAUUAUGUUAUAAUUACAAUUAUAACAACUUUUGUUCAUUAUGAACAAUUUCUAUCUAAGCUUUUGCCUUUAUUAUUAUUUAAGUUGCAAACAAAAUGUUAUAACUUGAUCUAUCUUGAAUUCCUGUGAGUGUUGAGGAAAUAAUAGGGGUUGAGUGUGUCCAGACAUCCCACAUGCUACUGUAAUCUAAAUACUUUAAAGCAGGCAUGUCCAAACUUUUUUCGAAGAGUGC